AUGAUACUACGCGUCGUUCCCCCGUCACCAGGACUAACAAUCCUCUUCACCCUCUCCUUCCCCGCUCUCCCCUCCCCUCUCCCCUUCCCACCAGCAUGGUCAUCCACCCUCUCCCUAGCCAUAUCCCACAACCUCGCUCCCCCUCCCUCAGCACACGCGCUCGACCGCGCAUGCGCAACAGUCGAGCUCCUCCAUUCCGUCACAUUCGACAUCGCUCGCUCGCAAGUAGACUGCAGGAUGGUAGACAACGACCUUGUCUCGUUCCCUCUUUCGCAGCCGCUCAGAUCUGCGUUGGACAAAGUAUGCGCCGACGUGGCGAGGUCAACAGAAGAGUCUGAGAGGGAAAAACGCGGCUUGCCUCCUUCCUCUCCCUCACCUACACAAGCACCAGGAUCAGGAUCAGGAUCACGGGCGGCGCUAACCUCCCCCUCCCUUCUCUCCCUACUCUCCUCCUUCCUCCCCUUCUCCCCCCCUCCAACCCCCACGCACUCCCUCGCCGGCCCUCCCACCCCCGCAUCCCGCACAUUCCGCCGUUCCGCCCGUUCAACACUAGUCGACGCCUUUGCCCGGUACGUGCAGCCCGAGCUCACCCAACGGGUCCACAAGUCCGCCGGCGGGUGGGGCGCUUGGUCCGCUCUCAAAGCGCUGAGAAAGACGAGUCUAGAGCUGGAGGACUUGCUUGCUCCUUCCGAACCUCCCAGUCCUGCAGGAAGCACUUCAUCCUCUGUCACCUCCUGCUCUUCUUCGGAAUUCCCCGCUCUGCCCCCGACGCCUGCGUUAUCCCAUUCUUCCUCCAGCAGCCCAAGUACGCCGAGUACCAGCCUGACGUUCUCGACACCUUUGAGCGCGAGCCAACUAAGCGCGUACUCGAGGCUCACUUCCCGGGUUCAGGAGCUCAAGGGGCUGCUAGCGGUGCUGGAAGAGAAGGAGAGAGAGUGGAGGGAAGAAGGACCAAGGAAGAGGGAGAUGGGAAGGAGGAGCCCGUUGGUUAACGUUCUCCGGCUUGAGGAGGACGUGGAUGAGCCCGUGCCGGUGCCGGUGCAGGUGCCCAUUCAUGGGGUUGGACGGGGAGCGAGGGAGAGGAGCAAGAUCUCGUUCCCUUCUCUGCCGAGCACUUUACCGGCUCCACCCCGGUCUACAAGGCUGACGGUGCGUAACCCUGCCCCCAACUCCAAUGCCAACGGCAACGCCAAUUUCCGCCCGAAUCCCAACUCCAACUCCAACUCCAACUCCAAGCCCUCCCUACCUGCGCUCAGCGUCCAGCGGCCCAAGCUCACCCGAGGAGUCCCAUACACCUCCUUCCCCCCCAGCCCCAGCCCAAGCCCCACCCCCACCCCCACCUCCAUCGCAAAACGUCGCCCUUCCCUACCUUUAGCGACCGCAUUCCGUAUCCCUCCAGAUGGGAGAGGGGCGAAAGUGGUUGUCGUGGACCCUUCUGACCCUUCGGAGCAGGAUGGGAUGGAUGUGGACGUGGAUGUGGACGUGGAUGUGGACGUAGAGUUAGGCCUGGGGAAACGGCUCUUCCGCGGGAUGGGGAUGGGGAUGGAGGGAGACGUAGAUGAGGAAGACGUACAUAUGCAGGAGAUAGAGAUAGAGAUGGAGAUGGAUGUUGUCGAUGCUGUGGGCCCUGAGGUUGGGGAUGGGGAUAGGGAUAAGAGAAGACGAGCGCUAGACUUGCCAAGAGGGGAAUUACUCGGUGGUUGGUGA